AUGAAGAUGCUGCAUCAUGCAGUCUUGGGAAAGUCAGAGCAGCUCACCAAUGAUGUGGCAAAGCAGCUCUCUGACAACCUAAUAAGGCAUGUUAGAGAAAAUGUAGCCAACAAUGAGUCUCUAAGUGUGAUGACAAUGGCAACCUUGCUGGACCUAAGAUUUAAAACCAUUGGAUUCCUGAGUCACAACAGGUCACAAGAGGCAGUACGACGACUAAAAGCAGAAUGUUCAGCAACCAUAAGCAACACUGAAGUUGUUCAACUUCCAGGUCCAGCAGAGGCAGCUGAAAGUACCAGCAGCUCUGGUAGGUUUUUAUUCAUCCUGUAAAUUGCUGUAUUUCAAACCUUUCAAGUGUUCCAUAUGAUCAUUACAAAUCUGUGUUUUAACUAUUUUUAGGUGAACUGUGGUCUCUGCUGGAUGAAACAGUGGAUCAGAGAAGAAGAAGCUCCAAUGCCACGGCAGAUGCAAUCGUAGAGGUGAAGCGGUACCUCACAGAAAAUAACUUGAGGAGAAACGAGGAUCUGCUGGAGUACUGGCGUACUCAAAAGCAUAUGUACCCUCUUCUGUAUCACAUGGCACUGAGGUUUUUAUGA